AUGUGGAAGCAAAAGUGUCUCCUUGCAUCUACUUUUAUCAUACUUGCAUCCUCCCAUACACGAGCUCAAGUUCGUCCUGGAGAUGAAAUUUGUAUCAUGAAUGACUUGACUUCUUGUCCAGUUGAUGAUCUCAUUACGUCUGUACUUGAUCAGAGUACGAUUAUCUAUCCAGGUGGUAAUACACGCUGUGCUUUUGAUGAUUUUACCCAUGAAAACGUAAAGUUUCAAACAAAUGCCACGUAUUUUUUCCAAAUCUUUCCAGCUCCAACUAAAGCCAAACUUUUGCUAUAUUUUCAAGGUGGUGGUGCUUGUAUUGAUAAUCUCACGUGUGCUUUUGGAUUACAAUGUAUGUAUCCAACCUUUCAUCCAAAUGCUCAACCUUCUAGUAGUGGGAUUCUGAAUCGUACUUAUGAGAAGAAUCUCUUUAAGGAAUAUAAUAUAGUACAUAUCCCCUAUUGUACGGGUGAUUUACAUCUUGGGAAUCAUGUCGAGCGGAUUCCGGAUAAUAAAUUGUAUACACUAUUGAAUAGGCCCGAAUGUCAAGGGCAUAAUAUGACGUUACAUCAAGUCGGGUAUACAAAUACCAAAGCUGUGCUGGACUGGGCAGUUAGGAAUUAUCCAAAUCCGGAUGAAAUUAUACUGAGUGGAUCAAGUGCAGGCUCCAUGGGUGCUCAAGCUCUCAGUGCUCUUGUUGCGGAUCUAUGGCACGUAAAAGAAAAGAACAUUCGAUACUCAGUACUUGGUGAUAGUUAUGUUGGUGUUCUACCAAGUAAUUAUAAUGCUGGAAAACUCAUUUCAUACUAUGGCUCGUGUGAACUUGAUUUGAAAGUAACGGCCAAGCUCUGGGACCAGUGUGAUGAUAAUGAAUUGACCGUGGCGGAAAUGAUGUCGUUUAUGAUUGAGGACGUACCUGCUGCCCAGUGGCUCUUCUUGAACAGCAUGUAUGAUCAAACUCAACGUUAUUUUUACCAACUCGUAGCACAGGGGAUUCUUGGCUAUCCAUUUCCUAAUCUCAUUAGUGGAGAAGACUUUUACUCGAAUAUGACUGCAAUCAUUGACGUCUACAAGAACCUGAGCAGUGAAGUCUCGACCUUUUACGUCAACUCUUCUCAGCACGUGUUUCUCACGGCGGAUGACUACUAUAAUAAUGCUACCCGUAGUCCUGGAGGUGUGCUUUUGGGCGACUUUCUAAAGGAAUGGUUGGUGACCGAUUCGUCCCUUGACGCCACUGCCUCAACGGGAUCGUUGCCCGCCCGAAACAACGCCAUUGAACCGGAGCAGUCGACAGCCGUAAGCCUUAAAAGUGCGCUCUCACUUACAGCAGCAGUGGCCGUGUUCGUCUCGACGCUUUUUCAAUGA